GCAGGAGGGGCAGGACGCACAGGGAGAGAAACGCACAGAGAGGGAACCUGGAGACUUGAAGAGGCUGUGGUGAAUCUGAAUCCCUCAGCCACUGGACUGCUGCGUCUCCUCGAGCCUCCAUUGCUAGGAAAGGAAGGUUUAACUCUCGGUAUACUUGUGUUUCAUCUCACCUGUAAAAAUGACCGGUGGCCCGUUGGGCACGGCGUUGGCAGUGGCUUUGCUCGCCUGCACUGUGCAGUGUAUGCCGAAAGGAACGGGGAAACAUAGGAGACAAGCUCAGGAACACUUGGUGUCAUCCGUGUCCCAAGAUGACUGUGUUGAGAAUGGUCAGCUUUAUGGAGUUGGAGAGCAGUGGGAGCGCAGUUAUCUGGGCAGCACACUGCUCUGCACUUGUCAUGGAGUUUCUGCUAUAAAGUGUAAAUCAAAGCCUGAUGCUGAGGAAACCUGCUAUGAUAAAGUAAAUGAUCGCUCCUAUCGGGUUGGAGAGACUUAUGAGAGGCCCAAGGAUGGGAUGAUCUGGGACUGUACUUGCAUUGGCUCUGGCCGAGGGAAAAUCAGCUGCACCAUUGCGAACCGCUGUCAUGAGGGAGGGCACUCCUACAAAAUUGGAGACACAUGGAGGAGACCCCAUGACACUGGAGACUACAUGCUGGAGUGCAUCUGUUUGGGAAAUGGGAAAGGAGAGUGGACCUGCAAACCUGUUGCGGAGCGCUGUUAUGACAAUGCAGCUGGCACAUCCUACAUGGUUGGUGAGACCUGGGAGAAACCCUACCAAGGCUGGAUGAUCGUGGACUGCACCUGCCUAGGAGAAGGAAGUGGACGUAUUACAUGCACAUCCAGAAAUCGCUGUAAUGACCAGGACACAAGCACUUCUUACCGGAUUGGAGACACGUGGAGCAAGACGGAUUCUCGUGGGCACGUGCUACAGUGUUUGUGUACAGGAAAUGGACGUGGAGAGUGGAAAUGCGAGAGACAUGCGUCACUGCACACCACUAGCCUGGGUACUGGGUCUCGUGUGGUGACCAAUGUCCAGCCUGCAGUGUACCAGCCACAGGCGGUGCCUGAACACCCCACUGAGGGAUCCUGUCUGACAGACGCAGGUGUUUCCUACACCCUGGGCAUGCGCUGGAUCAAGACCCAGGGCAGCAAACAGAUGUUGUGUACCUGCUUGGGGAACGGUGUCAGCUGUGAAGAGCCAGAGAACCAGUUCCAGGUGUAUGGUGGGAGCUCAGGUGGCCAGCCAUGUGCGUUUCCUUUUGUGUUCAUGGGGAAAACGUUCUAUUCCUGCACGUCUGAGGGACGCAGUGAUGGGCAGCUCUGGUGCAGCACCUCAUCCGACUUUGAGAAAGACUACAAGUACUCCUUCUGUACCAGCAAUAAUGUUAUGGUCACAACCAGAGGGGGAAAUUCCAAUGGUGCACUCUGUCACUUCCCAUACCUUUACAAUGGCCGUAACUACACUGACUGCACUGCUGACGGCAGGAGAGAUGGCAUGAAAUGGUGCGGCACAACUUAUAACAAUGACCGAGAGCAGCGGUUUGGCUUCUGUCCCAUGGCAGAUCAGUGCCAGGAGCCAGAGACUAGAGUGUUCUAUCAGAUUGGAGAGUCCUGGGACAAACCCAUUCAGGGAAUCCACUACAGAUGUUACUGCUAUGGAAAUGGCAUUGGAGAGUUGAGCUGCGAGCCUCAGCAGUCUUUCGCUAGAGCGUUUGAAAUCAAGGAUAUUUAUAAGUCUGAGACUGUGGUGGUCCUCAUGUCUGUGUCUGAAAAAAAAAUAAAAAUUGUUCUACUCACAGAGGAAGUUCCCUCUCCAACUGAUCUGCAGUUCUUUGAAGUGUCUGACUCUAAGAUCACAAUCACUUGGACCGGACCAUCCACAGUGGUGUCAGGGUACCGUGUGUCUGUGGGCGAGGUUGCUCCAGAUGGGUUGGUCGAGAGGGAACUCCCCUUCCCAGUGACACAGAACGCUUAUGCUGAGAUCACACACCUCCAGCCUGGAACCCUCUACCGGUUCUUCAUCUUUACUCUCAAAUCAGGAGAAGAGAGUGAGCCGCUGGUUGGAGAGCAAGCUACAAAGCCCGACCCACCCACCGAUAUUCAUUUCGCAAACGUUACUGAAGACAGUGCUGUAAUCAUCUGGUCAGCUCCUAAGGCUCAAAUCACAGGUUACAGACUUUUCCUGACUGUCGAGGGCUCAAACCCCAAACAGCUGCGUAUUCCUGCCCGCCUGUCUCAGUACACACUCCUCAACUUGCAGCCUGAUACUGAAUACACUGCCACUCUGCAUGCAGAAAGAGGCACUGUGCUUAGUGAGGGAUCCCUCGCCAUCUUCACCACAUUUCAACCCAUGAGAAAUGCUCCUUCCUUCAGCACUGAUGUCACAGACACCUCCAUCAUUGUCUUCUGGACCCCUGCGCCUAAAAUUGGAUACAAGUUGACUGUGAGGCCCAGCCAAGGUGGAGAAGCUCCAAAGGACAUGAUCUCAGAGUCUGGUAGUGUCCUCAUCUCAGGUCUAACUCCUGGAGUUGAGUACACCUACAGCGUCCAGCCGGUCUUCGACGGUCUUGAGCAUGGUAACCCCAUCACUCGACGCGUGGUUACUCCUCUGUCUCCACCCACGGAUCUGAACCUGGAGUCCAACCCGAACACUGGAGAGCUGACCGUUCAAUGGAACGAUGCUAAAAUCCCAGACAUCACGGGUUACAGAGUGACCUGCACUCCCACCAAAGGGCAACAAGGGAACUCUAUAGAGGAGUUUGUGAAGGCAGGACAGAACUCAUGCACGCUAGAGAAUCUGAGUCCAGGAGUGGAGUACAAUAUCAGCGUGUUUACUGUGAAGGAUGACAUGGAGAGUGUUCCUGUCUCCACCACUGUGACUCCGGAUGUGCCCAAAAUAACUGACCUUAGCUUCAUCAACAUCACUGACUCCACUAUCGGCCUCAGCUGGAGUCCUCUUAACUCCACCGCCGUUACCGGCUACCGCAUUACGGUGUUGGCUGCUGGGGACAGUGUCCCAAUCUUUGUUGAAUUUGUGGAGCCCACCACAGGCUUUUAUACUGUGCACGGUCUGGAGCCUGGUAUUGAUUAUGACAUAACCGUCACCACAGUCACAGAAAACGGAGAGAGCGAACCCAUCACCAUCACCCAGCAAACAGCUGUCCCUGCCCCAUCUGGCCUGUCAUUUGGAGAAGUGACCGCAGACACUAUGCUGGUGACCUGGAAUGUUCCUCAGGUGCCCAAAUCCUCUGAUAUCGACCGCUACAUCAUCCGCUAUCAUCCAGUCGAUGACGACGAUGACACCAUUGAGCGCACUGUGGAUGGAAACACAAACUACGUUGUUCUUCGCCAUCUUGUGCCCAACACGGAGUACCUGGUGAGUGUGAUUUGUGUCUAUGAAGAGAGAGAGAGCUCACCUGCCAUUGGCACUCAGAGAACAGUCCUCGAUGCACCUGUCGGCCUGCAGUUCUCUGAUGUUGGCACCAACUCCUUCACCGUACGCUGGCAGGCUCCUCAGGCCAUUAUCUCAGGAUACCGUAUCCGCUACCAAAUGACCAGUGGUGGACGUGCUAAAGAGGAGAGACUGCCCCCAUCAAGGAGCCAUUUCACCCUCACAGGCCUGACCCCGGAGACCGAAUACAGCAUCAGUGUCUAUGCCGUCAGCGGAUCCCGCGAGAGUCUGCCUCUAACUGGAACUCAGUCUACCAUCUCUGAUGCCCCCACUGACCUGGAAGUUAUAUCCUCAACGCCAACCAGCAUCACCGUUCGCUGGGACGCCCCCUCUGUCACUGUGAGGUACUACAGGAUCACACAUGGAGAGUUGGGAGGUUUUGACGCUCCUCAGGAAUUUUCUGUCCCCGGCUCCCAGUCUACUGCCACUAUUGAAGGCCUACGUCCAGGCACCGAUUACACCAUUACUGUUUACGCUGUGACCGGCAGAGGGGACAGCCCUGCGUCCAGCACCCCCAUUCAUGUUAUGCACAGAACAGAUAUUGAGUCUCCAUCAAAGAUGGAGGUGACUGACGUGAAGGACAACACUAUUACUGUGCGCUGGAACCCAGCAGUGGGCCCCAUCUCAGGAUAUCGUGUCACAGGAACUCCGCUAAAUGGACAGGGUCCUGCUUUCUCUGAAGUGGUCGCUCCAGACCAGACUGAAAUGACGUUCUAUGGCCUGAUGCCGACAGCGGAGUACACUGUCAGUGUGUAUGCUUUGGGACAGGAUGGAGAGAGCCCCCCUCUGGUCGAAACUGUAGUCACAACGGUGGAUAAACCCAAAGAUCUGUCCUUCACUGACGUGGACUCAACAUCCAUGCGUAUCUCCUGGGAGAGUCCUGAUGGAGUGGUCUCCUCUUACAGAGUGUUGUACUACAGUCCAGAGGAGGGGGAGAGAGAGCUGUUCCCUGCCCCACGUGGAGAUGAUGAGUCUGCAGUGCUGCAUGGCCUCAGACCGGGCACAGAAUACACUGUUAAAGUCAUCGCACUGCAUGACCGGACCCCCAGCACUCCACUGGUGGGCACUCAGACAACAGCUAUUCCUGGGCCCACAAGUCUGCACUUCUCCCAAGUGGGUCCAACAUCCUUCACUGUCUCCUGGUCUUCUUCUGACGUCAGGCUAACCGGUUACCGCGUGGCCAUCACCCCCAAGAGCAAGAAUGGACCCACUAAAGAGGACAACAUCUCCCCUGACUCGACUGAGUUCCACGCCACUGGACUCAUGCCUGGCACUGAUUAUGAAGUGGAGGUUUACGGUGUGAAGAACUCUCUGACCAGCCGUCGUGUCAAGGGAGAAGUCACAACACCUGACAACAUCAGUCCACCUCGACGUGUCCGUAUAUCCAAUGUGAAGGACUCCUCCAUCACUCUCACCUGGCGCUCUAAGACUGAGUCCAUCUCUGGCUUCCUGGUAGAAGCCACACCCACCAUGGGCGGCCAUAACCCUAUCCAGAGAACCAUUGAACCUGAUUCACGCACCUACACCAUUACUGGUCUGGAGCCAGGAACCACUUAUAAGAUCAAUAUCUAUACUCUGAAUGGAAGUGCACGUAGUGAGCCUUUCACCCUUACAGCUACUACAGCGAAACCAGUUAUCAGCCCACCCACAAACCUCCAUUUCACCUCUCUGACUCCUACUUCAAUCUCCUUUACCUGGGAGCCUCCACGAAGCUCUAUCACAGGAUACUACGUGACCUAUGAAGAGGCUGGAGACAUUCCUAAAGAGUUGACCCCUCGACCUCAGGCUGGCAGGACCUUCGCUUUCAUCUCUGGUUUGAAACAAGAUACUGAAUAUGUUAUCAAGAUCGUGGCAUUAAAUAACGCUCAGAGAAGCAUUCCACUGAUUGGAAAGGCAAAAACUCAACUGGAAAGUCACCAGCUGCCCCCGCAGCUCCCCGACCCCAGCCGGCCCAGCCAUGACAUCCUGGAUGUGCCAGAGGACAACGACCACUUCAACAACCAUGUGCAUAUGCUGGGGCCAAACAGACACAACACACCGGGGCAGCAGGGCCAACACAUCUACACUGAAUAUCAGAGCUACAACCUGGGCAAUAACGGCCAGCAGCCUCAUCCCCCUAGCCACCGCGAGCCCCUGGUAUACAUCCCCCUGCCAGGAGCAGAUGGCCAGAGAGUGCCAGUGGUGCAGGUGAGCGAGGGACCUGAACCUGGCUUCCCCUUCAGUGGUCUUUACAAUGAGACAAACCUGCCCCAGGAAGCUCAGACCCAGACCACAAUCAUGUGGCAGCCUGUACCACACACCUCAGAGUAUGUGGUGUCAUGCAGUCCCAUUACAGAGAUUAAUGAGAAGAGCUUCCAGAUGCGUCUGCCUGGUACGUCCACUAGUGCUACACUGAUCGGUCUCACCUCUGGUGCCUCCUAUCAUGUUCUUGUGGAGUCUGUCAACGGAGACCAAAAACAGAAAAUCCUGGAUGAUGUUGUGACUGUCGGAAACAGUGUUCCAGAGACUGGAGUGGUUCCCACAGGCAGGGAUGUGUGCUAUGACACAUUCACCGCCACCUACCAUGAGGUGGGCGCAGAAUGGGAGCGCAUGUCCGAGACGGGCUUUAAACUCUGGUGCAAGUGCCUUGGCCUCGGCAGUGGUCAUUUCAGAUGUGAUUCAUCCAAGUGGUGCCAUGAUAAUGGCCACAACUACCGAAUUGGUGAGAAGUGGGACCGUCAUGCUGAGAACAGUCACAUGAUGAGCUGCACCUGUCUGGGCAACGGGAAAGGAGAGUUUAAGUGUGAACCCCUUGAAUCCACCUGUUAUGAUGAUGGGAAGCUGUACCAGGUGGGCAACCAGUGGCAGAAGGAAUAUCUUGGAGCAAUUUGCACAUGUACCUGCUAUGGAGGACAACAGGGAUGGCGCUGUGAGAACUGUCGUCGUCCUGGUCCUGGUGCUGACGUUGACGUGGACCUCAUUCAGCCUCUAGUGCGCACUGAUGCUUACGACCGCUACAGAGAGAACGCCCUACGCAAACUGGUGAGUCUUUUAUAG